GGAAGGAGCGAGUGUGGCUGCGCGUGGCCGCGAGCCUGUCAGAGCUGCUGGCGGGCAUGGACACCCUAGUUCUCCAGGACCACCUGGCCGAGCAGCUGCUGUCCCCUCGGACCCAGGCCCAGAGGAGGCUGCCCAAACUGAAGGACCAUGACAAGCAGUACGUGGGCUUUGCCACGCUUCCCAACCAGGUUCACCGCAAGUCUGUAAAGAAGGGAUUCGAUUUCACGCUCAUGGUUGCCGGGGAGUCGGGCCUGGGCAAGUCAACCCUGGUGAACAGCCUGUUCCUGACAGACCUCUACAAGGACCGGAAGCUUCUCAAUGCCGAGGAGAGAAUCAAUCAGACAGUCGAGAUACUGAAGCACACUGUGGACAUCGAGGAGAAGGGCGUGAAGCUAAAACUGACCAUUGUGGACACACCAGGCUUUGGGGACGCUGUUAACAACACCCAAUGCUGGAAGCCCAUCACGGACUACGUGGACCAGCAGUUUGAGCAAUACUUCCGAGACGAGAGCGGCCUCAACCGCAAGAACAUCCAGGACAACCGAGUCCACUGCUGCCUCUACUUCAUCUCUCCCUUCGGGCACGGGUUGCGGCCAGUGGAUGUGGAGUUCAUGAAGGCCCUUCAUGAAAAAGUGAACAUCGUCCCCCUUAUUGCCAAAGCCGACUGCCUCGUCCCAGGAGAGAUCCGAAAGCUGAAGGAGAGGAUCCGGGAAGAGAUCGACAAGUUUGGGAUCAAGGUGUACCAGUUCCCAGAGUGUGACUCAGAUGAGGACGAGGAAUUCAAACAACAGGACCGAGAAUUAAAAGAGAGUGCCCCCUUUGCUGUCAUAGGCAGCAACACCGUGGUGGAGGCCAAGGGCCAGCGGGUCCGGGGGAGGCUGUAUCCUUGGGGCAUUGUGGAAGUGGAGAACCAGGCCCACUGCGACUUUGUGAAGCUUCGGAACAUGCUGAUCCGGACGCACAUGCACGACCUGAAGGAUGUGACCUGUGACGUGCACUAUGAGAAUUACCGGGCCCAGUGCAUCCAGCAAAUGACCAGCAAACUGACCCAGGACAACCGCAUCGAGAGCCCCAUCCCCAUUCUGCCCGUGCCCACCCCAGACACGGAGACAGAGAAGCUGAUCAAGAUGAAGGAUGAGGAGCUAAGGCGGAUGCAGGAGAUGCUCCAGAAGAUGAAGCAGCAAAUGCAGGACCAGUGAUGCCGGGGCCGGCUCAGGGCCUUGCCCCAAGGACCCCCUCCUCUGACUCCCUGAGGUGGGGAGGGGAGGAGGCCAGGUCCUCCUUGCUGUCCGGAGGCUCUCCCACGAGGGAGCCCCCUAGGCAGACCCCUAAUUUAUUCUCUGCCUGUGCCGGCCGGCCCAAAGGAGGGCCAGACGCUCCCUGUGUGACUCAGGCCUCCUGGGCUAGGCACGGCCCACUCUGAGGCUUGGGUGGCAAGGAACAGAACGGGGCUGGGGCACUAGCCUCCCUCAGCCCGGCCCCUCUCCCAUCUAGGGGGCUGAGGCCUCGCCAGCCAGGCCUCGGACCUAGCCCCAGCUCCACGUGCCUCCCCUCCCUCGUAAGGACCAAGGCCCCAUCCUGGGCCCCCACUCCCCAUCACCCUGGACCGAGGCUCCCUGCAGACUUGGUGGGGGCGGAGAGUGGUCAGCCCCCCCCCACUUCCUUCCUCCCUUUUUUCCUCCUAAGGCCCCCUUCUCCCCCCUGCUGGGAAGGGGGGACUAUGGUGCAGGCAGAUAAGGGCUAUGUGGUUCCCCCUCUCCCCCUUUCCCCCUGACCUAGACAGCCUGGCCUCUUUGGGAAGGGGAAAGGCCAGAGGAUGUAGAGGAUCAUGGGCAUUACUGCCAGCAGAGGCGUCAAGGACCUUGUAGCCUAUGGCCCUCAUUUACAAAUCAGGUGUCACCGUCCCGAGUCAGGAAGACCUGAGUUCAAAUGCUGCCUCGGGGGACCCUGGAUCAGUCCCAUCACCUUGUUCUGCCUCAGUUUCUUUAGCUGUAAAAUGGCAGUAGCCCCUGCCUCCUAGCGCUGUUGGGAGGAUCGUGGGUAAUAUUUAUAAACCGAAAAGCACUAGAGAGAGGCUAGCGAUUGUUGUUACACAUGGGGAAACUGAGGCCAGGGAGGGAAGGGGACUCAGCCAGGGCCCAGAGGUCAUAGGGAUUUGAGUCCAGGUCAUCCUACCCCACAUCCAGAGUCCUCCUCCCAUGGACCCUGCCCCUUCCCCUCCUGUCAGUGCCAGGCCCAAAGCCCAGUCCCCAACACACCCACACACACACACACACACACUGACACUCAUAGCUUGGCUUCUGCCCAUCCCUGGGCUUCCCAGUAGACCCUGAGCCCUGAACUCACCUUGGGGGGCCAGGCAGGGGUCCCCCUGAAGCCCUCCCUUAGGAAGCUGCAGAGCCUGGCAGCUCAGAUAGGCCCCUUCCCCCUCUGGGCCUCCCAGGCCCCUCAGGCCCCUGGCCAGCCCCGAGAUGGGUCAGACGUAGGGGGAAGGGGGGAGAUUCUCCACUAGGCCAGCAACCUGGGGGACAGGUCUUCUUUCCCAACCCCACAUCUGACCAUGAGUUCUCUGCUGGCUCAGUGGCUUUAACUGGACAUGGGGUAGGGGGAAGAGGCCAUUCCUAGAUGGGCAGAUCACAAGAGGAGGGCUGGCAGGCAUCCUCGAUCCCUGACCCCAGUGCCCCCGAUGGCAUCUGAGAGCCCUUCCCAGCAACCCCUCUUGUGAGUGAGACCUGCCUGGCUGACACUCCCCUCACCCCUCAAUCUGCUUCUGGUCUGGGGCUCUCAGCUCCCUAAGAGGCUCAAACCUUCCUUUGGUUGGGGUGUGGGGGGAUGGAUGCCUGCCAUGCCCAGUACCCCGCCCCCUCCUGGCAGACCCUUUCCCCACCCCCUAAUCUGCUUCUGAUCUGGGGCUCAAACCUUCUCAUGGUGGGGGUAUGGAGGGAUGGAUGUUGAUGGGCCCAGGAGCGAGGAUGCCUGCCCAGAAGUCACCCCUGGUACCCCGCCCCCUCCUGGCAGACCCCCCCUCCCAUCCCCGACUCUCCAACCCCACUGGCUUUAUGUGCUCUUGGUCAUCACUUGUAUCACUGCCCCCCCACCCCCCAAGCCCCUGGUGCUGGCUGCUUUUCCAGACUGUCUAGUUUGGAGCCAGAGCCCUGGAUGCCCAGGCUAGCCCCCUCAGAGGGUGUCCCAGCAGGCGAGGCACCCAUUCUCCAGGUCUGUGUUUGGGUGGUCAGAUCCUGCAUGACCCUCAGCCUCGGGGGCAGUCUUUUCUCCCUGCUCAGGCCCCCUGCCCCCCACCCCACCCCUGACUUUGGACUUGUGGCCCGGUUUCUGGUCUUUGUACAAUAUUUGCCCCUUUGGAAAUGGAGCCUUUUCGUUAACUAACGUUCUGGACUUGUCGAUGCUUCCCAUCCCUGAGGAGGGUUGAGAGAACAAGGCCUGUGAUGGAGAUG